UCCCGCCGUUGGAUUCCGCUUGGCCUGCAACCUCAGUAGCUCACCUCAACAUAACCAAUUUGCUCUCGAGCACAAUUCUCUCAAAUUUUGAUCCACUAUCCGCCAUGGACACCGUCAGUGCUACCAUGCUAUACAAUAUCAGACCAGUAAAGACACCAACCAACGAAAUUGGAAGAACCCAGUUUCCCCAAUCAUUGUGCAAAUCUUUUUUGGCCAUACCCAGUAAUUUUUGUUCUCGGAAAUUCCAUUUUCGACGGGCAUUAAUCACUUCGAGUAUGGAAGAAACAGAAAUGGCGGAUAGUAAAGAUGGGUUAUCAAGAUUUAAAUGGAUCGAGGUUGGUCCCCAUUUUACAGAUGCCCAGAAGGAAGCUGUCUCUCAACUCUCACCAAAGAUGACAAAACGUUGCAAGGCUCUAAUGAAGCAGCUCAUUUGCUUUUCUCCUCUCCAAGAUAGUCUGUCUGACUUACUAGCUGCUUGGGUAAAGAUUAUGAAGCCUCGCCGAGCUGAUUGGCUUGUUGUUCUUAAACAAUUGAAACUCAUGGACCAUCCACUUUAUCUUGAGGUGGCCAGUCUCGCGCUUGUAGAAGAAUCUUUUGAAGCUAAUAUUCGUGAUUAUACAAAGAUAAUCCAUGGCUAUGGAAGGCGAAAUCAACUUAAAGAUGCUGAAAAGACCCUCGUAACGAUGAAAAGCAGAGGCUUUAUCUGUGAUCAGGUAAUUUUAACCACAUUUAUUCACAUGUACAGCAAGGCCGGUAAUCUUGAGCUAGCUGAAGAAACUUUUGAAGAACUUAAGCUGCUCGGAAAACCAUUGGACAAGAGAUCAUAUGGCUCAAUGAUCAUGGCCUACAUCAGAGCUGGAAUGCCGGACCAAGGAGAGGUCAUACUAAGAGAAAUGGAUGCCCAAGAAAUUUAUGCUGGAAGUGAAGUUUACAAAGCAUUAUUAAGAGCAUAUUCAUUGGCUGGUGAUGCAGAAGGAGCUCAAAGAGUGUUUGAUGCGAUUCAGCUUGCUGCUAUAACUCCUGACCAUAAGUUUUGUGGACUCCUUAUAAAUGCAUAUGGAGUAUCAGGUCAAAGUCAAAAGGCACGUGUUGCUUUCGAAAACAUGAGGAGGGCAGGUGUCAAACCUAGUGAUAAAUGCAUAGCUCUGGUGAUAUCUGCUUAUGAAAGGGAGAAUAAGCUUCAAAUGGCAUUGGAGUUUUUGAUAAAGUUGGAGAGAGAUGGAAUAAUUAUUGGGAAAGAAACUUCAGAAACACUGGUGGGAUGGUUUAAAAAGCUUGGAGUAGUGAAAGAGGUUGAUACUGUAUUAAGAGAAUUUUCUGUAAAAGAAGCCAAUUCCUAAUUUCAUGCUACCUAAUUUCAAUCUACAAUCUCAAUGGGGACAUAGAAUAUCUGUUUCCAUUUAUCCGCGGUUCUUUUGAUUGCCGGGAACAUUAAAAAUUGUAAGUGUAGCUCUGAAAGAAACGUAUUGUUCUCAUAGUUUCCUGCUUCAUAUACUAAAAUUUAGCAUUCUAUAGCACCAAUUCACUAAAACAGGUUCACAUACUCGGCGCGGGCGCAUAUAGUUGUUCUAAUUAUUCUGGUCACUUUCUCCAACUGUGGCCAGGUAAAAUUUAUAUUAUGUACAAUGAUAUGAGUUGAGUUUAUAGGCUGGGAACGCUAUAGUAUGUUUCUAAUAUGUUGACUUAAUUGUACAAAAUGCUUAUUUUUCCGAGUUUUUUUCUCUUUAUUUUUCUUGAGGUCAGAGUAGCCAAGCAGUGACUCCGACUUACUUAGCACUGGAAUGUGUUAAAGAACUGAAUAGUAGCUUGUUCCUUGAUCAAAUAAUUCUUGUACCCCCACUUUUGUACAUUCAAUUAUACUCAUCCUCUUAUUGUUUCGAAGGAACCAACUGUAAUCAAUUU